CUAGAACAACCACCCAUAGUUGUGAGUGCAAGCGUGCGCAUGGCCGGCCUGCUGAGGUAAGCAGGUGUCAUCCCUCCUAACUGGUGUGUAUUUCAGGAGUGUCGAGGUGGGCCAAUUGGUUGCUGGGGAAACGAGUUUGGGUGUCGCUCAUGUUACACAGUUCUCUGUGCCUCCUGUCUUUUUCCCUGUCUCUGUGCCCUAGCCAGGAACCAUUUCUCUCUUUGCGACUACUGGAUACUGUUUUGAGGACUUACCGAAGACAUUUUUACCGAAAACGUUCUUGUUGAUAGAAACUACGUUUCCAGCUGUCGUUUGCCAGACCUUGGUGCUUUGUGGCUGUCAGGAUGCAGCAGGUGGUAUUGAAGGUUCUUUGUUCCACACUGCUGCUUCUAGCAAUGGUGCCCUCUGUUUCCUCACUGUCAGAUUGUUCUCAAGCUGAGUCAUGUGACUUGUGCGUUGGAGAGUCCAUGCUCAACCUGACAGGCUGUGUCUGGAGGCUUUGUCCAGAUGGUAAUGACACAGGCAUGUGUGUGACUGAUGAGGGCGACUCAGCGGACAACUCCAUGAACUGCAGCUGGACCCGAGUGUCUGAAUUGUGCACAGUUGUGGAGACGGUAGCUGAGGGAGGAAGUGAAGGUGACUCAGGUGCUGACAACAACUCAUCUCCAGAGUUCUCCCAGGCCAAGUUUGACAUGUCCAGUUUCAUCGGCGGCAUCAUACUGGUGCUGUGCCUGCAGGCAGGCGGCUUCUUCGCCAUGCGCUUCCUCAAAUCCAAAGAGCAGAGCAACUAUGACCCCAUAGAGCAGCCACAAUGAAGUCAAGAUGUGUGAAGGACAAGCAGAUGAGUGUGCAGGACGUCAGAGCAGUGACUCAUCGACUUGUGUGUGUGUGGUUUUUUUUUGUCCUUCUGAGCCUUAUGUCAUUUUUGGAUUGGUCCCCCCUGGGUGUGCUUAUAAGAGGCUACUUUUCCUCAGAUUGCUGCAUUGUGUAACGAGUGUCUGUGCAUGUGUUCACUGAGUAAAGCAUCUCAUUCAUAUUUCAGAGACAUAUCGGCUGUGAGUAGUCAUACAGUCAAACAAACGGGGAAACAAAAUGGCUCUGAUUGUUUCAGCGAUUCAUCUUUGUGAUUAAAACCCAACACAAAUAAAUUUACCAAAGCUAAUUUAACUAGUAGAGAGUUGGUCCGCCUUCAAACAACAAGCAUCCAGCUGUAGGCUAUCUAAUGUUUCAACUGUGUAAACAUUACAGUGCAGUUAUGGGAAAGGGCGAUAUAAUCCCAUGUAGACAGGAGGUCAGACAAGGUUAUUAGAGGCAUUUUGAACUGUUUUUUUCAAGUAGACUAAAAUACUUCAAAAUGAGACUGGAACUGAAUUUUUCUCUAUCAUCUAGGAGUUCUUCAGUAUGUGAGUAUAGUUUUACUGAAUUCAAAAGCUAAAACUAUUGUUUCCUAUGUAUGUAUUUUAUACAUCAACUUGUGGUGAGUGAAAUAGCUUGUCUGGGGAACUUAGGAGAAAUCUUGUGGACUCCCAGAGGUCCAUAAAACCCCACUUGUGGGAAAGUAGUAAAUUACACAUUAUAAUCUAUGACAUUUUAGACGUAUUAGAUGUAGAGAGGGUUCUUCCAAAAAAGAACCCUCACAAAUGUCUCUGUGUUUUUUUUGUUGCUGUCAUGAAGUUCAUUUUCAUGGAGAUUUCACUUUUGAUUGCUCUUAUUUACAUGAUAUACAUAUCAAAUUUAACCCUUUAAUAACGCUGUUUACUCAUGUUAAUACUGGUAAGGUUUGUGAUUAUAAAAUGCUUCACUGGCAGUCUGAAUAAACGAAUAAUAAAUACCUGUUUCUCUCA